UUUCAUUUGUCCCUGAUGCUCAGGUUUUCUUUCUGUCUUUUUUUAAAUUUAGUUGACAAAUCACGACCACCCUCAUCAAGCCCUUCUAGUAUCAUUCGUCGUACGUCAUCACUGGAUACGCUUGCAGCACCCUACCUAGCUGGGCAGUGGCCUCGUGAUAAUCAUGGACAAACUGUUCCAUGUAUGAGGGACAAAGCCACACAGACAGAGAGUGCCUGGGCUGAAGAAUAUUUAGAAAAGAAGAGAGGUUCUCACAAGCGUUCAGCAUCAUGGGGCAGCACAGACCAACUCAAGGAGAUUGCAAAAUUGCGUCAACAACUGCAGAGAAGUAAGCACAGCAGCAGGCAUCAUCGAGAUAAAGAAAGACAGUCUCCAUUCCAUGGUAACCAUGCAGCCAUUAAUCAGUGCCAGGCUCCCAUCCCAAAGAGUGCACUUGUCCCUGUGAUACCCAUCACCAAAUCAGCAGGCUCCCGAUUCCGAAACAGCAUAGAGGGCCUAAACCAGGAGAUUGAGAUAAUAAUUAAGGAGACCGACAAAGAAGAACAGCUUAUUCCACAAGAUAUUCCAGAUGGGCAUCGUGCUCCACCUCCAGUGGUCCAGCGCAGCAGUAGUACUCGCAGCAUUGAUACCCAGACACCUGGUGGUGCAGAUAGGAGCAGUAACAACAGCAGCCGCUCACAGUCUGUGUCCCCCACCUCGUUCCUCACCAUCUCGAAUGAAGGUAGUGAAGAGAGCCCAUGUUCUGCAGAUGACCUUCUUGCUGACUCCAGAGAUAAAGAGAAUGGGAAUAAUUCUCCCCUACCCAAAUAUGCUACCUCACCGAAACCCAACAACAGCUAUAUGUUCAAACGUGAACCUCCUGAGGGAUGUGAGAAGGUUAAAGUCUUUGAGGAAAGCUUGCCAAAGCCAUUGCAUGAAAUUCCAGCCUUCUACUGUCCCGACAAGAACAAAGUGAAUUUCAUUCCCAAAAGCGGCUCUGCUUUCUGCCUUGUUAGUAUCCUCAAGCCACUCCUUCCUACACAGGAUCUUACACUCAAGGGCACUACUCAUAGUCUGACUGUCUCGUCUGGCAUGACAUCCAGCUUGCUACAGCCCAUUUCUGUGGCCUCUCUAUCUGCAAACACAGAUCAAGACCGGAUCUCCCGUGGAACAAGUACGGUAACACCACAAACAUCUAUCCUCCAGCAGUCAGGACAUACUGAGGAAGCUGAGGGAUAAGUUUCUAUUCUCUUGGCAUUGUUCUGGAAAGACUUCUGGGAAAAGCUUGAUCACACUGUUUGCAUCGUUUUAAUGGUUUAUGACGUUGUUGUAGUCAGACUGUUGUACUGCUGUUCUUAUCAACAUGACUUUGUUGGUAGCUUGCUGAAGUAUCCAGGAAGAAGCAGCAGCUGAAGCACUGCCGUACUAUGCUUAUGAAAGCUCAAAUUCAGUUUUUUGCCUGCAUUUUUUAAACAUUGGUAAAACAGAGACCAUCAGUAAUUCUUUGCCCUUGGAAGGACAACUUAUUGUGAUACUUUGUGUCCUUAUUAGACUUUUCCAUUAUAAAAAAUCUUAAGACUGAGCAGCUGACCUGAGUCUCUGUUGUGAUCUGCAACUAAAUGGCUUGCAAGACCCAUCUUUUGUACAAAAAAAGUAUUUUAUAACAACAAAAGUUUGCCUUUUCUGAUGCAUAGCAGGUAGCAGGAUGUCUAAAAGACACUUCCCUGACCACUGUUUCCCUUUUUUGGGGAGGAGGGCUUGGUUUUCUCAGCUCUUCCAGCUGCUGGGACCAAAGGAUUAUUGACAUACUUCAGUCUCAGUCAUAUGUGAUCUUCUUCAACAGCCCACUCCCCAUAAAUAAAUAAAAACAAAUGCGUUUGAGUAUUUCAAAAUGAAAAGAAAUCAAAAAGCUGCAUAUUAUGUGCUGUUGGAGGUUUGUGCUUUGGAAAACCCCAAUACUCUUGAAACCCCUCCCUAUCUAAAAUUUAAUUACAUAGCUGGAAAAGACAUUUCAAAGCAUUUGUUUCAAUAGUGUAAUUUAUCCACAGAUUUUUUUUUUAAAUAUAUAUUUAUUUAGGGGAAGGAGUGGAACAUUUCCCCUGCACUUUUUCCUCCUUCAAAAAUCCUGUCAUUUACCUCUUGGAAACUCAUUUGUCAUUCAGUCUGAAUCAUUAAUCACUUUUGGGGGGAAAAAAUCAUUUUGCGUAGCUCAUCGCUGUACUAUAGCUCCUAGCCACAUGAUAUUGAAAUGUCUGUGCAUGGUUUUCUCCUCCUUGUCAUGGUGCUGUUUGUGCAUCUGUUGAGGAUAAUAGUUUGUCAUGCAUGGUAUCUGACACCGUAUCCACAGCAACAGAUAUUCCCUUUCGACUAGUAACUUAGUCUAGGAUGUUAAGCAGAUUUCUUGACAACUGGUUCUGGUCUGCAGCUGUUUACAUUUUCUUGUACACCUACAUGGUUCUUUUACAAUUACAAUAAAAAAUGAAAAUGAGGCGGGGGGUGUGCUUUUCGCACGACUCAUUCAGGGCUUACAGAGAGGCUUGCAGAUAUUGAAAGUGCAUUUCCUGAGUUUGAAGAAA